AUGGCGCCCAUUUCCAUGUCCAAAGAUCGGCCCUCACCACAGGAAUCUUUCACGCAAAUGGCCGACAAAGAUCUAGAAUCCAUCGGGCGACACUGUCAAUUCGAGUACUGCAACCAACUUGAUUUCCUUCCAUUCCGCUGCGAGUCCUGUCGCGGGACGUUCUGUCUGGACCACCGCACCGAAACCUCUCAUAAAUGCCCCAAAGCCGGUGAAUGGGCUCGCCGACGAAACGCCCAGAACGCAAGCCCCGACACCAGUCUCCCUACGCAGAAACCCACGAUCUACAACUCGGACCAAUGCGCACAUCUCGACUGCAAAACUCUCAUCAACACGAUGAAGGACCCGGGCGUCCGAUGCCCCAACUGCAACCGCCAAUACUGCCUGAAGCACCGACUCCGGGAGGAACACGACUGCGCCAAGAUCACCCCGCUGGGCGGUCGGCCGGCCGCCGCAGGCGCCAACGCCAACGAGACGCUGCGUUCCAUGUUCGCCCGGGUGCGCACAUGGGGCAAAGAGAAGAGUCACGCGGCCACCCAGAGUCUCACGCCGACUCCGAAACCGAAUAGUCCGGCGGCGCGGGCUGUCCAGCUGAAUACACUCAAGAAGUCUGCCAAGGGCGACGCCAAUGUUCCCGCCGACAAACGGCUCUAUCUACAUGUGGUCGGCACAUCGGAUACGCAGAGGGUGGACCCACCGAAUGGCGACUUCUACUUCGAUAGCCGGUGGAAGGUCGGGCGAGUUCUGGACGAUGCGGCGCGGCGACUGCGGGUGGAGAACGUGAACAAUCGUGCGGACGAAAAGGAACGACUCCGGAUCUUCCAUGUUGAGUCGGGCGAGUUCCUGGAGUUCUCGGACGCAAUCGGAGCCGGGAAGGUGCAGUCUGGACACACCAUCGUCUUGAUGAGGGGCGCGGGUGUGAUGCUGGGCAAGUAG